UCACGCGAAUGGCUGGAAAUGCUGCGGCGGAGAGCUAAAGUGUGCGAGACCAGCGACGCGUGAUUACUUUUAUCAACCAAUAAAUACAUUGGACGGAUUCGACAUUUCCAUCGCAGGACAGUUCACCGUGUUCGGAUUAAAAUGGUGUCACGACUUUAAAGGAAUGUGACGGACCACAAAACUGCUAACGGGAUUAAUCCUUCUGAUUUGGCAGAGUUUGCACUAUUCCUGUCUCACCCUGACACCCAUCAAAGAGCUGCAUACGUUGUUGCUUUAUCUGUGCCUGCUGAGGAGAGCGCGUGGAGCCGAGGCUGGCCUGCUGCACCAGGCGCCGUGAGCUGCGGGGAGUCCAUGGCUGCCGUCUGAUCCUCAGUGCUGUUAGGAGUUGUCACACCUUGAAGACUUGCCCUGUGUCUGCAGCAGUCUAGUAGAAGAGUCCAUUCUCCCACCUCUGGGCCCAUGGAGGGCUUUCCAGUCCACUGAGCCUCAGGCGCCACACCAGGACAAGAACCAUGUCCGCCUGCAACACCUUUACAGAGCACGUAUGGAAACCGGGUGAGUGCAAGAACUGCUUUAAACCCAAGAGUCUGCACCGCCUCAGCGAGGGUGCCCCCAGGAAGGGUCCCCCUGAACGAGCCCAGACUCAGCAGAGCCACACUCCAACUGGAGCCACCAGGCCCAACGCCAACCUUGCCAACAGCUCCCAACGGAGCGGUGGCACAGCACGCUCAGCUCAGUUCCGGCCACCUGUUGCCAAGAAGCCCACGAUUGCUGUGAAGCCCACAAUGAUGCUACCCUGCUCCUCUACAGGCCUGGACUCUGAGGGAAACCAGCGGUCUGGUGAUGGCCCAGGCACUGGCAAAACCUCAGCAUUCACCGUGUGGAACCGUAAUGGACUAAAUCACCAAAGGCCUGGUGGACCAAACAACAAUGAAGGCGAAAACGGUGGCGAUGAAAUUGAAGGCUAUGGUCCUUGCAGCCCCAGAACUCCCAGUGGCAACAACAACAACAAUGGACUCACAGAUGUGUUGAAGGAGAUUGCUGGUCUGGGCUCUGGACCCAGCACCAGUUCAAAAGACGACUUCCUAGGCAGGAUCAGCAGCUCAUACAGGCGCUCUCUGGAGAGGGGACUGCCAGCUGCUGGGUGCCUCGCAAUGGGAAGCAGCAGUGGCCAAGCCAAACGGGUAUCUCUCAGUGACAGUGCAGAGAUCAUAAGCACUGAAGGUGGACGCUUUUGCUAUCCAGAGUUCUCAAGCGAGGGGGAGGAUGAUGAUGAUGAGGAAGAUGAGGAUGAUGAUGACAGUGAUGGUGAUGAUGAGCAUGAGAGCUGGGAUGAAAGUGACGAGGAGCUGCUAGCCAUGGAGAUCCGAAUGAGAGGUCAACCGCGUUUUGCAAACUUCCGUGCUGCAACCUUGUCUCCAGUGCCCUUUGCUGCAGGAAAGAAAUGGAACACUGUGCCACUCCGAAAUCGCUCCCUGCAGCGCAUAUGUGCUGUGGACUACGAUGACAGUUAUGAUGAAAUCCUUAAUGGUUAUCCCUCUAUGGACUCAAAUGGGGGGCCUGGCCUCCUCCCCUAUGGACAAAAUGACUUGCAAGGCAGUGGGUUUUUGUCAAACUCCGAGUCCACCACCUCCCCAGAAUCCUCAUCCUCUAUGCCUGAUGAUUCACGUACAUCAUCCAGCACUAGCAGUGUCCCUUUUGGUGUUCGCAACGGCCUACACUCGCCUGCCCCCCGAGAGGCGCUUACUCGUUCUGCUCCAGCAGAAAGAGAGCCUCAGCACAGAGCCUUGACUUCACCAAAAGCCAAUGAGACCCACAAAGCUGUUCUUGCCAUUCGACUGGAGGACCAAGAAGCAAUCCAGCGGGAAGGUGGUGCUCUUCCUCAGGCUCACCCUGGCCAGCCCAUUACGAUUAGCUUUAGUCCCACAGAGGAACAAGCUAAACCUUACAGAGUAGUGAACCUUGAAAAGCCUCCCAUUUGUAAACCUUACACUGUGGUAGAUGUGUCUGCAUCUAUGGCAAGCACAGAAGGCUAUGCCCCAGAAAGCACUCCCAAACCCAAGGGACUAUCAACUCCCUUGAGCCCACCACCUUACCCCGGCUCCCCAAUUAGUUUGUCACUGUCAGCAGGUUCCCCAAUGUCCCCAGUAUCACCACUUUCCCCAGCGACACCAGACACUCCAACAACCCCAGUUUCACCAUCAACGGCAAACUCCUCUGCUCCUCUCAGCACUUCUCGCAAGAAACCUGGAAACAUCCGCUACCAAGAGGUGUGGACCUCCAGCACCAGCCCUCGACAAAAGAUCCCCAGGGUCGAGCUGGUCUCUGGAGGAGCUCCUGGGCCCUCUGUACCCCCUAGACACUGCACCCACAAAUCUGCGCCCACCUCACCUAUUGCAGGCCUAUCUUCAUCCCGCACAGUGCCAGUGAAGUCCCCAAAUCUGUCAGAGAUCAAGUUCAACAGUUACAACAAUGCAGGAAUGCCCCCAUUCCCCAUCAUCAUCCGUGAUGAGCCAACUUAUGCCCGCAGCUCAAAAAAUGCUGUAAAGGUUCCCAUUGUUAUCAACCCCAGUGCUUAUGACAACUUGGCUGUGUACAAGAGCUUCCUGGGUCUCAGUGGUGAACUGCCACAGCCCAAACCUGGUGCUGGAGGCAGGGUCACCAGUCACACCUACGAGGAAAUUGGUUCAUCUGAGAGCAUCCAAGCCUCCCCCGAUGAGAAGUCUCCCAAUAGCAAGCCCACGGGAGACAAGCUCACUGCAGAGGAUGUAACAGGUGGCUUAGGAACAUCUCCAAAAUCCCUGGACUUGAACUGCAGAACCACUAGCGAACACAACACCACGCCAGCCACCACUCCUGUAUCUCUCAUCCCUCCCACUAGCGCCUCCUCUCCUCUGCCUGGUAGGCUGCCCCCAAACAGCCCCAGCUGUGCCACACCAGGGCGGAGUCGUGAGCCCAGUGGGGAGGCGUGCAAAGACAGCAACACUGACACUAUGUCAUCAUCUGGCACCAGCACAGGGCAGCGGGAGAAAGCGAGCACUGUGCUGUCCCAGAUAGUGGCUUCGAUACAGCCACCCCAGUCCCCUCCAGAGUCCCCGUCUGCUCAGAGCAAAACUUGCAGUGCUGAGGAGCUCUAUGCCCUCCCACCUGACGCCACUAGGGACACGCUCAGCAGACCCAAGUCACUUUUCUCCUCUACAGACGGAUGCCUGUCAAAACCCAGGAAGGAGACUCCAGCCAAACACUUGCCAAAGUCCCAGAGUGCAUCUGCCGCUGUGGCCCCAACAAGUCCUAAGGCAGAGGCAAAUCCCCCUUUCCCUCCACCCAGGUCCACCUCCUCUCCAUACCAUGCCACCAACCUUCUCCAGAGGCACUUCAGCAACUGGACAAAGCCCUCUGCAGGGUCCUCUCGUCCCAGUGAUGGAGAGAUAAGUCCAGGGGUUGGAGAGGGCAGACGUCCAUCAUCUGAAAGUGCCAAGCCCAAACGCUGGAUAUCCUUCAAGAGCUUCUUCCGCCGGCGGAAGGACGAAGAUGAGCAGAGAGAGAAGGUGGAGCGCGAGAAGGAUAAAGGCAAACUGGUGGGCCUCGAUGGAACUGUAAUCACCAUGCUACCUCCGCCUCCCACGCAACGCCACCACUGGUUUGCUGAAGCCAAAGGGGAUGACCCCAACCAGAAACCCACAAUAAUAUUUACAUACAAACCAGACAGCAGUGCCACGGGUGAUGGAGAGGGAGAAUUACGUGUUGAAGAAUGCAGGGAGACUGCUUCAGGAGAGGCCACUGUCAUAAGACCCUUGUCCCCUGGACAACCAGCUCCAAAGAGCAGAGCAAGUCUCCUUAUCAGCAAAGUUAUGAGCCAAGCGCAGAUGGAGUCGGCCGAAAGCGAAAUGCCCACCGCUGCCUCCCUGCCGGCCAAGCUAGAGUUGUCGUCGGUGGCUGAGGCCUGCGCCUCGAGCGCCAGGCCCAUCCUUGCGUCAGCCAGCGAGGGCAGUGCCAGCCUCGGGGAGCAGGAGGAGGAAGGCAGUCACUCGUACUCACCCGCCUCCAGCUCUUGCAGCGCCACCUACAGCAACCUGGGUCAGUCCAGAGCCAACAUGAUCCCUCUGAAGCACCCCAGGAACGUCAAGGCCUCGGACGACACACUCGCCUCAGUCGACCCGGAUGCCCCUGAGUCAGCGGUCAAGGACACGCCGCCUCCCCUCCCCAAGAAGGGCACCGGUGGGCGCACCUCCGCGCCUGAUGCCCACCUCACCAGGGAGGUGAUGCCACUGCGGCCGCGUGCCGAGGCCAAACCUGGCGGCACCAACCUGAGUGUGGCCAACCCGCUCUACGACCUGGACUCCACCUGGGAGACGGCCAGCCAGAGCUCCUCACUCAGCUCGGAGGCGCGCGGUGCGCUGGACCACGAGUCAGGCGACUCGCUGGAGCGGCCCACCAUCGUGGGCAAGGGCCGGCCCGCCAACAGCCUCUCAUGCCUGGCCACUGGCGCCGCCACCGCCAACAGUGCCACGGCCGGCCGCGAGUGGCGGGGCUGCCGCAGCGCCGAGUCCCUGGCAGGCCGAGCUCGCACCACGGGCCGGGUGCCCGCCAGCGGAGCCGGGGCGGCAGCCAGCGCCAAGCCUCAGAGGCAGGCUCUCUACAAGGGCAUGGACAGCUGGGAGGAGGUGGUGGGCCGCAUCCGCGGCCUGCACACGGACACGCUGCGCAAGCUGGCCGGCAAGUGCGAAGACCGCUUCAUGGCCGGCCAGAAGGACCACGUGCGUUUCGGCACAGACAGCUGGUCCCACUUCAGGCUGACCACGGGCAAGCCCUGCUGCGAGGCCGGAGAUGCCGUCUACUACACGGCCUCCUACGCCAAAGACCCACUCGUCAACUAUGCCAUCAAGAUCUGCAGGAGUAAAGUGAAGGAGACCCAGCAGCAGUUUUUCCACAGCCUGGCGGUGAGACAGAGCCUGCCGCUCCACUUCAACAUCCAGCAGGACUGCGGCCAUUUUGUGGCCGAUGUGCCCUCCCGCCUGCUGCCCUGGGAGGAAGAGGAGGAAGGUGAGAGUGAAGAAGAAGAGGAAGAGGAGGAAGAGGAGGGGGGGAAAGAGAAGGAGUCGCACAAAAAGGAGAACGGCCCAGAGAGGGAGAAGAGGAAAGAGGUCGCGGAGAAGCGGUCGAGCAAAGAGGCGUCUGAGGCGUCUGACACGGUGGCACACAACGGGCAGGAGGGCGAGGCUGUCGCCGCUACCGCCGGUCCAUCUGGGAAACUGCGCAGCCGAGUGGUGGUGAUCACGCGCGAGGUGCCCUUCCAGACGGUGGCGGACUUUGUGCGGGAGGGCCGCGAGCGGCACACCCACAGCCCGGACCUGUACGAGCGGCAGGUGUGCCUGCUGCUGCUGCAGCUGUGCUCGGGCCUGGAGCACAUGAAGCCCUUCCACGUGACGCACUGUGACCUGCGCCUGGAGAACCUGCUGCUGGUGCACUGCCAGCCGGGCAACCCCUGGAACCUGGACGUGCCCAACGGCGAGCCCAACAACAACAACAACGCCUUCAGCGCGGGCACGGGCGCCAACGCGGGCCAGGGGGCCCUGGCCAACGCCUGCCCGGCGCGUCUCAUCAUCAGCAACUUCGCCCAGGCCAAGCAGAAGGGCGCGGCACUGGCCCAGCACCAGGCGACGGCCGCCGCGGCCGACGCCAUCCGCGACCACUCGCGCCUGGCGCCGGAGAUCGUCACGGCCACGCAGUACCGCAAGUGCGACGAGUUCCAGACAGGCAUCCUCAUCUACGAGAUGCUCCACCGCGCCAACCCCUUCGAGGAGUCGCCCGAGCUGAAGGAGCGCGAGUACUCGACGGCCGACCUGCCGCCGCUGCCCGUGCGCUCGCUCUACUCGCAGGGUCUCCAGCACCUGGCCGCGCUGCUGCUCAACGCCAACCCGUCGGAGCGCAUCCAGAUGGCGGAGGCGCGCGCCUGCCUGCAGUGCCUGCUGUGGGGGCCGCGCGAGGACCUUUUCCAGGCGCUCAGCGCCUCGCCGGGCCCCGGCCAUCGGCAGGCCACGCUGCAGAACUGGCUGGACCUCAAGCGGACGCUGAUGAUGAUCAAGUUCGCCGAGCGCUCGCUGGACACGGUGUGCGGCGUCAGCCUGGAGGACUGGCUCUGCUGCCAGUACCUGGCCUUCUCCACGCCGGACUCGCUCGGCCGCGUCGUCCGCAUCCUGCAGCACCAGCAGCAGGCCCUGCAGGCACUGCACGUCUGAGCCCCCUGUCUCUGGCGCGCCUCCGGACCGCCUUCGGGCUGCUGCCUAGCGCUUAGCACUAGUCACCGUGCCGACGCCCCUCCCAGGGAGGGGGGCACGGCUGCAGGCCUGCUGUCUCCUCCCCCUCAACGUGCUCCUCUGUCCCACACGGCUACAACCAGACUCUGCCGCUUGGAGAACUGGACAAGUCCAUCAGCUUUGUUUGUGGCUGAUUAUUACUAUGCGCUGUACUUGUACCACAUGCAUUUUAACUACAUGUUAUGGUUGUGCUUUGGAUUUUGUUGUUUAUUUGUUGUUGUUUUUCCUGGUAUCCAGUCAGACUUGGUUCUAAGGCUUUGAGAGGGUUUGAUGACCAGUACUGACCAGUUUUGAGAAACAGACUGACAAACUCAUAAAAAAGAAACAUGGCAAAGCAUAUAAGAACUUUCUUAACAGACACAAGCAUUUCUUUGAUAGAAGUGCCGCAAGAGUGGAGGGGAAAAAAAAAAAGAAUUUCAUAUCAUUGCUAAAUAAUCCAUGUACCUUUUGAUAUAACUGUAGUCCAUACUGUGUUUUGUGAGGGAAGUAGCUGCUUCAGUACAUCUACCAGUGUGUUUGUUCAGAACAACCUCAGUCAGAAUAAAUAGCUCGCAAGCAACUGGAAAAGACAUACCAUCAAGUCCAGAAAGACAACAGAGGAAGGGAGAUGAAGGAGAGAGAUCAAGUUGACUGAACAGAAUUAGAAGGCAUUGAAUGUCUUUGGAACAGCAAAAAUGGCCGGCAUAUCAGGUACUUGUGAAUGAGCUGGUCUGGUAUCAGUACUUAAUUCACCUGGGAUUUUUGGCUGCAAUCAAACCACUCAUCGCUCACCAACCGAUUCACGAAUCAGGAGGCUGCCCGCUGUCCACCCAAAAGAGUUCGACCAGUGGAGAGGUGUUUCUGUUUUUUCAAACUGCAAACUGCUGAUGUGUGAGUUACGCUCGUUUGGGAAAGUCCCACGCACAUGAUUGACAGGGAGCCAUCGCUGAGGACACAGUAUGUGCUGGUGAAACGCCGAUCCAGAUUGGGCCAAGCUGUUCUGACAGGACUGUCCCUCUGACCCAUCCCCUCACCCCUCUAAACCCCCCCCCCCCACCACCCACCCCCCUCGCCCUCUUCACAGGCUGCCCACAGGACGAGCUGUCUUAAGCCCGGGGCUUUAGGCUCUCACAGCCAGGCCGUGUGGCGAGAAUAUUAAUAGAAAGAGGGGAACUAAGGGAGAAAGGGAAGGGAGCGCCACACUAGGACAGACGGGAGACACCCUCCAGCCACGGGACCCUGUCCUCGCGUCCUCUUCUUCAGCACUUAAUGCAGAUCAGCCCUGCUCAGUUUUCAUUUUGAUAGGCGUGAAACACAAUCACACACACACACACACACACACAAACACACAGAGGGAGGGAGAGAGAGUGAUAACAGAGUGGGACAUUAGUGGCUGUCUCUGUGGAUAGCAUCUCAUGGAAAAGUGGAUGUUCAGGCUGUUUAUCCCAAAGUCACCCAAUCUAAAUCUCAUAUUUUUCUAUCACUGAGUAAUGUUAUGCAAAACAGGCAACGAGAGAGAGGAGGAGGCAAGCCAAAGAUUUGCAGGAUGUGUUCUCUCUCUUUCUCACUCUAGCAUGUCAUCCAGUUAUUGCUGGGUAGGGAAAUAAGGUUGUUUGAAAGUAUUUUUGUAGAUCCAAGUGCCCUUACACAGUCGACACUGCAUAGCAAAUCUGAAUCGGUAGAUGAAAUGCCUCUUGCCUGGCCCAAGUCCGUCAGCCAGGGUUCAAGUCAGAAAUGGCACUUCUGUGUCAUGCAAGUGAGUCAGAGUGAAUCCAGAAGUUAUGGGUUUAAGUGAAGCACAGGUCAGAACAGCUCUAGGACGUCUUUUUACAAAUAGCUUUGGGUGGACAAAUGCUUCUCUACUUAAAGAUACCUGUGCAAUUGUUGUUAAAACAACAUAUGGAACUGACAGUAUUUAAACAUAUUUUAUGUACUUGAUAUCAUUAUAUGCAACAUAAUAAGUUACAACUCUUUUUUUCAGUUUGGCACAUAAGUAACAAUAAGAACAUCUUGCUACAGGUUAUUUUUCCUCACAUCAACCAUGCUAUGAUAUGUAAAGUGUGCUCCAAAGCCAGGAUAUGAUAUUUGCAGUGUGUGUAUGUUUGUGUGCAUGUUGAAGGGGAAGGCUUUGGAUGUUUGUAUCAGGGACUGCACACAUGUUUCUUUUUUUCUUUUUGUUUCUAUAUUGUCUGUUAUAUAUAUAUUUUUCCUUUAUCGUGAUUACGAGUGACAAAAGUUUGCACAUUCAGUAGAAAACUGUCACACUCCUAGAUGGAGUGAGGGAAUGAGUGAGAGGCGUGUCAGCAUAAGUGUGGGGGGGGGGGAGUGAACUGAGCUGGCCCCUGUGUUUUUAUGUCAGUCCAGCAGCACAUGGAAUGUAUGUGUGUUUGUCGAUUUCUAGCGAAGUGACCAGUGACCCUCUGCCCGAAAGGAUCCCUCCCUCACUUAAAGCAGCUGCCCGAUUUCCCAUAGGCUGCACCCACCCAGCUGUCUUUUUUUUUUUUAAACCAGUGUGCAGAACCACUACACUCAGAGAACUCCAGAUCAAGAAAGUGACCACUGCCUUAAACCAAUCUGCUCCAUUUUAGCCAACUGCACCAGCCCAACUCUGCAUCAUCCAAGCUGAACCACAGAGAUCGAUUAUGUGGUCAAGAGACCAGUGGCAAACAGCCUGUCAGACUGCAGUCCAGCACCACACACACACACACACACACACACACACACACACACACACACACACACACACACACAACACGCACACACACACACACACAAACACGCACACUGCAGCGUGCAAAUCAGAUUGAUGAGCCGACCUGGGAAAGGCCCUCUGUCUCAGCUGCAGUAAUGGCAGCCUAGAAUCAAUGGCAGUAAAAGGGGGGAAUUUGCCACGGUGAGAUUGCAGCAUUUUGUAGCAUGUAGCGUUUUCAUCAGGUAUUCAGGAUCAUUUCCAUUCCUUGCAAACACUCAGAAAAGGAAAUUACAAUGAAGUUUGUUUCAUUUGCCCCCUGAAGUCUUUAAUGUAGACUAUCUACCAUUUUUGCCAUCUACCAUGAUAUUUUUUGUAUAAAAAUGCUUGUAAAAAGAGAGCAGUAGGAUAUCUCCAGAUUACUAAAACAGCGUUAUUAAAGGCUCAUUCUUUUAAGAGUAAUUUUUUUUAAAGAAAAUAGUACUGUAUGUACGGUAUAACUUAUGGAAUCUGUGACAGGUUAUCAAUGGCAAUGUUGUUGAUACACAUAGAGACAGUACAGUGGUAUGUAGGGUUUUAAAAGGUCCCAUUCCACUUAUAGCACCCCAUUCAUCAGCACAUCAAAACCGGAUUGAUUUGAAAAAGCAAAACAGCACAUACAUAUCACUAAUGUCUUUCUGCUUGCUGCGGCUCCCUCAUCCCAUAUUACAUCCUCACCCCCGAACACACACACGUGCACACACACACACACACUCACACUCUGUGCUCAGUGGCAGUUCUGCUGUGGAGGUGGGAUCCUCAACAUAGUCGGGUUUGUUCUCAGAGGGACUCUGGACGCAUAGUCCAGGUUGCUGCUGACUAGUUUAUAUACUGAGGAAUACACAUGGACCGCACUGGUGGCCGUCCUUGUGUCAGACAGAGAGAGUGAUCAAUUCUAUUUGAAUCUGUUGUAGUCAACACCAUUGUUAAAAUCUAAUAUAAUCUACUCAAUGGUAUCUCUCUACAAGAGAGUCCACCGCACUAAUGCUGUGCAUUAAUGCAUCAGCAUGCUAGUGUUCUCCUCCCUCUCCAGAAAAGCUUUACGUCUCCCAGCCAGCAGCGCUGAACAAUGACCAUAGUGUAAAACAAAAUGGCCUCAAUUGUAUUGUGCACAUUUGGGAAGAGGUCCUUUGUGUUCCUUUUGAUAGUUGCUGUUUUGCUUAGUGUUAUUUUUCUGUUCCUGGUUCUAACUGUCAGUGUGCCGAACCACUUAAUGAGCAACUGGGAGGAGCUUAGUUACAUCAAGUCCAUUUACACAUUUGAACAUGUAUGCAUAGUGCUGCCAAUAUUGGGUAUAUCUGUUUUAUCAGUAUAUUUUAAUUGCCACAUGAACAUACAAAGGAGCUUUCAUGGCUUUCUGUUGGUGUAUAUAUGGUGGCUCACGGUCAAACAUUGUCGAUCAAGUUAACCAACAUUAAAUAAACAGUGAAUAUAUGUUUUUAUACA